AUGACCAUAAAAAAAGCUUGGAAAACGGUUAAUAAAAUCCUUAACCGGAAACAAGAAUGUCGCGAAAUAAAUUGUAACCAUACUCAGAAUGGUCAAAUUUCUUGUCCAAAUGAAUUAGCGGAGCACUUUAAUAAUUACUUUACUGACAUUGGUCCAAAAAUUGCCACAACCAUUG